ACCAUCGACGAUAGAGAAGAACAAGACGUGAAAGAAGUCAGAGAACCUGAGAAAAAAGUUUGAUAUUUUCCUCACAUUUUUGGAAUUUGUCAAAGUGCGAUUGUUAUUUAAGUUUUUUUCUGGUAAUUUUACCUUUGAACGUCAGUUUUUUUGUGUUCGUCGGGUAGUUUUCUAAUAGUCCAUAGGUUCGUCGACGAGGAUCGCCAGGAGCGGUUCUCCGAAAGGUGGAAAGCGGAUAUUAUUUUUGCCGAGCUGGUUUCAUUUGCCCUUUUCCUACCUGAGUUUGCUGUUCGUUUUUUUUUUGUUGACGGAACAGUAGUUCUCAACCUGUGCAGCUACAAACAUCGAGCUUCCGCCGCACCCGCGCCGAGAUCAACAAGAAUGAGUUUUCUAUUUCGGUCCAGCAAAACCUUCAAGCCCAAGAAAAACAUACCAGAAGGCACACAUCAGUAUGACUUGAUGAAACAUGCAGCUGCCACUUUGGGAUCAGGCAAUUUACGCAACGCAGUACAGCUACCCGAUGGGGAAGAUUUGAAUGAAUGGGUCGCUGUCAAUACUGUAGACUUUUUUAAUCAAAUCAAUAUGCUGUACGGCACAAUAACGGAAUUUUGCACUGAGGACUCGUGCAGCAUCAUGUCUGCUGGACCGAAAUACGAAUACCAUUGGGCUGAUGGACAAACGGUGAAAAAGCCCAUCAAGUGUAGUGCUCCCAAAUAUAUAGAUUAUCUUAUGACUUGGGUGCAGGAUCAACUAGACGAUGAAACGCUGUUCCCUUCGAAGAUAGGAGUACCCUUUCCUAAAAAUUUCAUUCAAAUAGCCAAAACAAUACUAAAGAGGUUAUUCAGGGUGUAUGCCCACAUUUACCAUCAGCACUUUUCGGAAGUUGUACGACUUAGCGAGGAAGCUCAUUUGAAUACUUCGUUCAAACAUUUUAUCUACUUUGUACAGGAGUUCAAUCUCAUAGAUCGACGAGAACUCGCUCCAUUGCAAGACCUUAUUGACAAACUUAUCACUAAAGACGGUCGAUAAGUCGCCACUGUGGCUCAGAAUACAGAUAACUAGGGUUGACGGUAUUGUGAAUAACGGAUAGUGAUGGCAAGCCAUGAACACCUACCUGCAAACUUCACUACAGAUAACCAUCUACAAAUGAUACAAAAACACCUAAAAAUUAUGAUUUUUACAAUCAUCCACUCAAUAUGCUAGCCAAAACAAACAGCCUUAUUUAAGCAUUUUUGGCAAAGCGUAGUAUUUUGCCGAUCCUCUGUCCACAUUUUCACAAUUUAGUUUUUUAAUGAACUAUUUUAUAUCACACUUUAUUUUUAGGUUGAAUUUAUUUUUGUGAGUGAUUAAUCACUCGUCAUUCAAACAUUCUGAAAGAACUGUUUGACUCGAACGCGUUUAUUUGAAGGAAAAGUGUACAUGUAAAUAUUUAUUUUCCAACACAAAAAGCAACUUGAUUUUACUUAAAAAGUAAAUCUCAUUGAACGUAAAGAGCAUUCUUACCGUCUAUCCGAUUUACGGUCAAGCUCAUAUUGUCAUACAAAGAAAUUAUAGUUCUAAUUUAAUCGUUACGCUUCUGAAUGCAAAAUAUCCUUAAAUUAGAAAAAACUAAUCUCGGAGCGUCAUAUCUCAGAAUGAACAGCAGUCCAAAUAGAUUUUUACUCAGUUGCAAUCAAUGGCCGUUUUCUUUCAGGAACAACAAUUUUUUUUAAAUUUUUAGAAUAUUAACAAACAAGUUUAUUUUACAUGCUUUUGAUAUGUCGAAAAUUUAUCACCACAGAGGCAUUAUUACAACUUAUAAGAACUGCAUACAAACAAUAAUGUGUAACGAUCAAAUAGCAUGAUUUGAUGUACGACGACUGAUACUGAUAUGUGAAAUGAAAAUAUAAAUUUGUAUGGUAAAAAUAACA